GUGAUCGAUGAUCGGUGAUCGAGAGAAGGCACUGCGGCAGGCCGCUGCGCGUAUUCGGCGGCAGCACUUGUUGACGCCACCGCUGCGUUGAUAUUCGUCAAUAAUAAGUGCCGAACCCCGUCGCUGCGGUGCCAGGAUGAAGCGUAGGGGCCCUGCUGUCUUGCUCCUUCUGGGGUGCGCUGCGGCGCUACUCGUCCCAGCGGUGCGCGUUCCCGCGGCGCGCAGCCCUGUGGAGCGCGCGAGGCCAAGCAGGACGCGCUUGAACCACGGCCGCGUCGCCACGGCCGACGCGACCGCGUCGCGGCCGCUACUCAACGCCGUGAGAAGGCCGUGGAAGAUCCCCGGCCACGUCGCGGGGCGGCUGAACCCCGCCUUGGCGGACUGGACCUCGAGCCACCUGCUCGCCUCGCCGACGCAGAAGAUCUUGGCCGGCGUCUCGGCGGACCAGAAGGCGGCGGACCGCAUCACGGUCGUCGGCGGAUUGGUCAACGUGCUCCUGACGUUCGGCAAGCUCGCGGCGGGCAUCUACGGGCGGUCCGCCGCGAUGAUCUCCGACGCGGCCCAUUCCGCCUCGGACCUCGCGAGCGACGUUGUGACAUUAGUGGCCAUGCGCGCGGCAAGAUUACCGGCGGACGAGGACCACCCGUACGGCCACGGCCGCUUCGAGACCGUCGGCGCGCUCGUCGUGGGCGGCAUGCUCGUGGCCGCCGGCGCCGGCGCGGCGUCGCACGCGCUCGACGCCGGCGUGCACGCGCACGGCGCGCUCGGCCUCAAGCCGGGCAAGAUCGCCCUGGUGGCGGCGCUGGUGUCCAUCGUCGCCAAGGAGGGCCUCUUCCGCGCGACGGCGCGCGUCGGCAAGCGCCUGCGGUCGCCCGUCCUCGAGGCGAACGCGUGGCACCACCGGUCCGACGCGCUGUCGUCCGUCGUCGCGCUCGUCGGGAUCGCGGCGGCGCGAUGCUCGCUCAAAAUCUUCCGCCACGCCGACGCCGCGGCGGGUCUGGCGGUUGCGGCGAUGCUCGCGGCCACAGGCUUCCAGAUCACGGCGGGCGCGCUGCAGGAAUUGAGCGAUGCGGUCGACCAGGACGCGCUCGAGCGCCUCCGCUUCGCCGUGCUCGCCGUGCCGGGCGUCGCGCAGGUCGCUUCAUUAAGAGGCCGGAGCAUCGCGGGGAAGCUGCGCGUCGACGUCGACGUCGUGCCCCUGGACAGCGACCUGUCGACGUCUGCCAGCUUCCAGCUGGCCGAGGCGGCGCGCGUCGCUUUACUUGACAUGGAGGCCGAGGACCACGGCGCGCACUCGCACUCGCACGGCCACUCGCACGGGCACUCGCACGGCCACGGCGACGCGGGCCCGCCGCGCGUCGGGGACGCGACGGUGCGCGUCGUGCCGGCGGAGAAGACCUGCCCCGUCGUCGCCUCGCUGCCGACGCAGGCCGACCUCGAGCGCCGCGUCGCCGACACGCUGGCGGACGAGCCGGCCGUCGCGGCGCUGCGGACGCACGUGCGCUACCCGAACGGCCUGGCCUGCGAGCUCGACGUCUACCUCGAGCCCACCCCCGAAAUGGGCGAGGGCGUCGGGGACCUGCGGGCGGCGGGCGCGGGCGUGACGAAGCUCCUGAACGACGCCGCGCUCGGCGCGUCCGUCGCGAACGUCUUCUGGAGCCUCGACCGCGAGCCGGCGCCUGUGUAACGAGAACCUUACCUGUA